AUGCAGAAAUUGGACGAUUGGGCAUUCAACGUGUUUGAAUUGAAUUUGGUAACGAACAAGCCGAUAGCAUUUCGCUACGUUGCCAGAGCUCUGCUCAACAAAUUUGAUUUUCUCACCAAAUACAAGAUCCAAAAAGCCUGCCUGGAAAACUUCAUAGUGGCGAUGGAGGAGGGCUACAGGAAGCACAACAACUCCUACCACAACGACAUCCACGCGGCAGAUGUCGCUCAAACUGUCAACAGCGUCAUUUCGCAAACGGAGUUGAAGGCCUGUCUGACGGACUCAGAAAUAUUCGCCACGUUAUUUGCCGCAAUCAUCCACGACUACGAACACACGGGCACAACCAACUCCUACCACGUCAACACCGAGUCAGACCUGGCUCUCCUGUAUAACGACAGAGCUGUCCUCGAAAACUUUCACGUCAGCCAGGUCUUCAGGAAGAUGAAGGAGAACAAAACCAUCAACGUCGUUGCCAACAUGGAUAAGAAUGAAUUCAGUGAGUUCCGCAUAAACGUUAUAGAGAUCGUCCUGGCAACUGACAUGUCCAACCACUUCUCCCUCCUCAAGAACUUGCAAGCGGCCAUGACGCAACCUGAUUCACUGACGAUGCUGCAGUACUUGUGUGCGUUGGUUCACUUCGCAGACAUCAGUCAUCCCUCGAAGCCCUGGGAGAUACACACGCAGUGGACCACCAGACUUUUUGACGAAUUUUUUGUACAGGGAGACCGUGAGAAGCAGAUGAAGAUACCUGUCUCACCUCUCUGCGAUCGCAACAACACCAUGCUACCUGCAUCACAGAUUGGUUUUUUGGACUACAUCGUGAUACCGACAGUGAAUCUUAUAUUUGACGUCAUUCCCAUCGCAGUCAAAACCAGACUCGAUAAAAUGCCCGAGAAUAAUCUACAAAUGAGUUCCUGGAAGAUUGAAAUGAGUAUGUUGUUGUUGAUGGGCGUUGUUGUGUGCUGUUAG